UUGUAUCGUAUCAAUUGUGCUAAAGAUCGAGGUGGUAUUUUGCCGCGUUUCCGAGGGUUUCCAAGUGAGGAUCUGCAUCUCGAUUCGACGGCUUUAUCGAAAUGACUCGUAGAUAUCAAGCGCGAUAGCCUAUAACUUUGUUCCACGCUUUCUCAUAGUAUUCAUUGCUACGGUAUCAAUUUGUCACAAUCAUGUCGUAUCCUGGUCAGCCACCUAUGGGUAUCCCUGGGAUGCCUGGGAUACCUUCGAUGCCAUACAUGAGUGCACCUCCACCGAUUAUAACAGGAGUUAUGCCUAUGGCCCAUAUGAUUCCAUCACCCGUAUCUGCGAUGCAGACAUCCGCGCCGGCUGUACGUUACUCGCGAAAUCAGAAUCGCCACGAUAAUAAUCGAAGACGCGAGAGAGAGUCUGGCCCACCUGUCACAGUAUUUAUUGGUAACAUAAUGGACAGAGCGCCCGAUGUGAUGAUACGACAUAUUCUGGGCGCAUGUGGGCAUGUUCUUUCUUGGAAGAGAGUACAAGCAUUCGGUUUUUGCGAAUAUGCAGGCCCUGAUGCAGGCCUCAGGGCAGUCCGAUUGCUCCAUGACAUGGAAAUAGGCACAAAAAAACUCGUUGUCAAAGUAGAUGCUAAAGCUAAGGUAGUCCUGGAUCAAUUCAAAGCCGAACGAAGGAAGAAACUCAGAGGAGGACAGUCACCUUUACAAGACGAAACACCCAGUGAAGGAGCUGACGGCGAAGAGGGUGAAGAUUAUAUGGACGAAGGCAUGAGAGUGGUCGAUGCAGAUGCACUCACACGUAUUAAUCAGAUCAUUGCUGAACAUGCUGCAGAUCUAGAAAUGGCACAAGUUGCUCCAGAGGAACAUCAGACAAAAAUGGUAGCUAAAUCCUUAAAUUUGGAUGAAACGGAAAUAGAAGAAAGUAAAAGAGACUUGAUUACUCGGGAAAUUGGCAAAUUCAGGGAGGUUAUGAAGAAGCAGGAAGAGGAGAAGGCCCAGGUGAAGCGAAAGAAGGAAGCUGUUGAGAAAGAAGAGCGCGAGAAACGGGAAAAGGAACGACGCGAUAAGCGUGACGAUGAUGCCUCCAACAAGGACGAUCAAGAUGGAGAUCCCAGUAGUCCUACGUCUCAUAAAGGUCGUAGUGAUAGUACUGGCAGCAGUAGAAGGGACAAACGUCGAUCCAGAUCUAGAUCUAAAGAACGUGAUAGAGAUCGAUUGAGAAACGAUCGAGACCGGGACCGAGACAGAGACCGUGAGAGAGAUCGAGAAAGGGAACGGGAACGAGAACGAGAACGAGAGCGGGAUCGAGAUCGUGAAAGGGAACGAGAGCGGGAACGCGAACGAGAUAGAGAGAAAGAGAGAGACCGAGAGCGAGAAAGAGAAAGAGAACGGGAACGCGAAGAGGUGAGGAAGACCGAAAGGGAGAUUAUGCGCGAGAGAGAGGAGGAGGAAGAGGCAAAAGAGAGGAAGAAAAAUGAAAGGCGAGCUAGGGAAAAAGAAGCGGCAUACCAGGAACGUUUGAGGGCGUGGGAGACGCGCGAACGACGCAAACAGAAGGAAUAUGAAAAAGAAGCUGAGAAGCGUCGUGCAAAACGUGAAGCUAAGGAGAGGGAAGCAAAACGUCUGAAGGAAUUCCUCGAGGAUUAUGACGAUGAUCGUGAUGAUUCCAAGUAUUAUAAAGGUAAAGAAUUAUCUCGCCGACUUGAAGAACGAGCAUUGGAGGCUGAAGCUGACUCACGGGAUCGUUGUGCCGAACGUCAGGAGCUUCAGCGUCUACGCGAUAAGUUAUAUGCGGAUGCUUCUAAUCCGGAUCCUGCCGCGGAAUUUGAAAGGUUGAAAGCAGAAAGAGAAGAACAGUAUAAACCUAAACCAGUAAUAACUAUAAUUGACGAAGAGGAUGAUAAAGUGAAAAAAGAUAAAGAAGUAAUGCCGCCAAUAGAAACCGAGCCAAUAGAGAGUGAUAGUGAUGAUGGUGUGCAAUUUGAUGAUGUUUCUCAACCGGAAGCACCCUCUAGGACACCUCCACGACAUCAUCAUCAUCAUCGUCGGCAUCAUAGACAUCAUCAGAAUCAUCAUCGCGAUGGUGAUGAAAUUCAAGAGGGAUUAGUAGAUAUAGAUCGAGAAAGUCUAAAAGAAGCACGACCAUCACCGGGACAUCAAUCGGCUGCGACACCUGUUCAGUCCAUUCCACCGUCAUUAGAUGAAGAUUCACGUAUGUCUCUUGUUAGUGAACCAGAAAAGACAAGUGGUAGUAACUUUGUUCCAUUUGCUAUGGGAAGUGGAGGCAAUCGUGCUAGCGAUCAUAGUAUAGGUGGUAAAACGCCGGUUAGUCCUAAUACCGCUGUUAAUACGAAUUCACAACAGACGAAUCAAACGCGGAAGAAAGGUCGCAUUGAUGUUAAAGAUGUAUUCAAUAAUGAUGACGAUGAUGAUACUACUAAUAACGCAAAAAAGCGUAAACUCGUACCUUUAGAUUACGGAGACGAGAAGAAAAAGAAAACGGAAGAAAUCACGAAGACAGUAAAAGAAGAAAAUACAAAAAGCCAAGAAGAAAAGCGAAAACACAUAAAAUCUCUUAUAGACAAAAUACCUACCGACAAGAAUGCAUUGUUUGGUUAUCAACUUGAUUGGGCACUCAUUGAUAACACAUUGAUGGAGAAGAGGAUAAGACCUUGGAUCAAUAAAAAGAUUAUUGAAUAUAUUGGCGAACCAGAACCUACUCUAGUGGAUUUUAUUUGUAGCAAAGUAAUGGCGGGCAGUUCUCCUCAGGGAAUACUAGACGAUGUACAGAUGGUAUUGGAUGAAGAAGCGGAAGUGUUUGUAGUUAAAAUGUGGAGGUUACUAAUUUAUGAAGUGGAAGCUAAGAAAAUGGGCUUAGUAAAAUAA